CACAACAACCAGUUGAGGAUGAUGAAUAGAAAAGAAAAACUGUGAAAUACUUACAAAUUUCAACCAGUUUCCAUAAUGGAGAACCAGCCAGUAGUGUUAGGAAACCAGGAUGGAGGGGCAGCAACAGGCACAGCACCUGCUUUUUAUGUCCUGGUGAAACAGCCACAGACCAAUGGAAAAGCUGAUCAAGGAAACUUAGUUUCAGAUCGAGACAGUUGUGGUAUUGCUAGCAAUGCAGCCGUACCAGUAAAAUCUAAAGGGAAGACGUCCCUUCCUGCGGAUUGUACCUCUGGAGGCAUUACUGUCACCUUGGACAACAAUACCAUGUGGAAUGAGUUCUACCAUCGCAAUACAGAAAUGAUUCUCACUAAGCAGGGAAGGCGGAUGUUCCCAUAUUGUCGAUACUGGAUCACAGGCCUGGAAUCCAACCUGAAGUAUAUCCUGGUCAUGGAUAUUUCUCCCGUUGACAACUACCGCUAUAAAUGGAAUGGGCAUAGUUGGGAGCCCAGUGGAAAAGCAGAACCUCACGUCUUGGGGCGAGUAUUUAUUCAUCCGGAAUCACCUUCCACAGGUCAUUACUGGAUGCAUCAGCCAGUGUCUUUCUACAAACUCAAACUUACUAACAAUGCCUUGGACCAGGAAGGGCACAUCAUCUUGCACUCCAUGCACCGCUAUCUACCUCGCCUACAUUUGGUGCCUGCCGACAAAGCCACAGAAGUUAUCCAGCUGAACGGUCCUGAUGUCUGCACCUUCACCUUCCCACAGACAGAAUUCUUUGCUGUGACAGCCUAUCAAAACAUUCAAAUUACACAACUAAAAAUAGACUAUAAUCCAUUUGCAAAAGGGUUCAGGGAUGAUGGACUGAGCACUAGGCCCCAACGUGAUGUUAAACAAAAUGGUAGCUCAGACAAUGAAGGAGGUGGUGGUGUGAGUUCUCCAAGCAAUUGCAGGCAUUCUACUGAAGCUGAUCUGUUUCCAGAGCAGAGGAGUCUAGAGCCAUCCUCCAGUGCAAUAUGUAACACAGAUCUGGAGAGAGAAUUAUUCAGUCCAGAUCAUGACUUUUUGAGCCUUACAGAGAGAGAUGCACAUAUUUCUGAUAGGCCAGCAUUGAAGCAGGAAGCUUUGGAAAGCCCAGUAGCUAGUCCUUGUCAAAACAGAUGUCAUCUGCCAUCCCCACUGAACUCAAAUGGAGGCAUCAAUAUUGUUGUUAAAGAAGAACCAGUGGAUGAAUAUGAUUAUGAGUCAAGAGCAUGUACAGAGGGGAUAAAUGUGAAGCAGGAAGAAGGAGAUGAAGAAUAUUCGAAUAACGAUGACUCUGGGGACAAGCAGUCGAAGAAACACAGUGAAACAAGCAGAGAGGAAGUGGAAAUUGAAUCCAACAAGCAAACACAGAAUAGCCAGUUGGGUGUUGCAAAAGCAAAAAUGUUAAAAUUGGAUAGUGGGAAGAUGCCUGUAGUCUAUCUAGAGCCAUGUGCAGUCACCAGGAAUACAGUAAAAGUCUCUGCUCUUUCACAGACUCUGUUGUCACCUUCUAAAAGUGAGAGAUCACCGUCCAGUUAUUCAGUGGAUUCUUUAUCUAUUUGUUUUGAAAAUAAUGAUCUUUCCAGCCCCUUUACAACCAUGAAAAAUGAGGAAAUGGCAGUUGAACAAAUUUCUGAAAAUGAUAUUCCACAUGGGUAUUCUUCAGCAAGAGACAUGCUGUGGGAACCUGAAACAUAUAGCAGCCUCACUGUAACAAAGAAAGCAUCUACCUACAGUCUCAAGGCAGUUCAAAGUAGUGGGUUGUCUUCAGCAAAAGAUAACUCCGGGAAAAAGAAGACAAGUGCAUUUAAGACUCCUUUGUCCCACAAGGGUAUUGUUGGUAACCAAAAAGUUGUGAUACCAGGCUCACGUAAGAGAGGAAGACCACGGAAAAUAAAAUCGUCAGAGGCUGGACAAGCACUAAAAUUCACAGAAAGGUCAAUUACAGCUAGCACUUGUGCCUCUUCAGGGCCUUGCAGUACCCAUAUAGAAGUUAAGCCUGAUCUUGAGGAUGUGGAUGGAGUGCUCUUUGUUUCCUUUGCAUCCAAGGAAGCUCUUGAUAUCCACACUGUUGAUGGAGCUGAAGAGAAAGAAGACCUUCAGAGUAUACAGACUCCUUCACUAGCUCUUUAUGAUACAUACAGUGAUCCAGGUAACAAAACAGAAAUUUGGCUUGUUAUCAAUGGUCAGAGGAUACAGCAACUAGAAAAAGAACUGUUGGAAGAUCUGAAGUCUUUUAAGUACAAGCAAGUGAUACAUCCUAGCCUUCAGGAAGUGGGACUAAAGUUGAAUUUUGUGGACCCGACAAUGAGUAUUGACUUGAAAUACUUAGGUGUGCAGCUGCCACUAAGUUAUUCAAAUGACUGUCCUUUGUGGAAAACCCUGGGAACCAAUUCCUGCUCUGCUGAUGCUGGGCUUCCCUUUGUUUCUAGAACUGGGAAGACAAAUGACUUCACAAAGAUAAAGGGAUGGCGAGGGAAGUUACAUACUUCUUCAAAAAAUGAAGGUAGCAUUUUAGAAGGCUCCUUGAAGAAUCGAUCUGCCUUCUGCAGUGACAAGCUUGAUGAAUACUUGGAAAAUGAAGGGAAGCUGAUGGAAACGAACAUGGGAUUCUCUCCUAGCACAUCCAGUGGUCCUGUGGUUUACCAGCUUCCAACUAAAAGCACCAGCUAUGUACGGACACUAGAUAGUGUUCUAAAAAAGCAAUCCACCACUACUCCAUCUGGCCGUUAUACUUUCAAGCCUCUUUCUGUGCCUUCUGUCUCUGGAAAGAAAAGAAAGAAAAUUAAGAGUAAAAAACAAGCACACUCUAGAGGCAAAGGAAAGCCAUCUUUUGUAACAAAGCAGAAAUGCAGCUUAUCUGUUUCAGAAGACAAAGUCAGUAAAUCUCAGCCAAGUAGUCACACAACUGAGGUAGAUGCUCUCAUAGCACUGAGCACAGAUGAAGCAGUGCAAGGAAAACAAAUUCCUGUGCGUCAGGCACAGCCGCAACAUCAAAAUAGUCGCCCACCAAGUUUAUCUAAGACACAGUUGAAGUUGAUGUUCUUGGAGGAUUGUGCAUUGUGGGAUGGUAAGCCACGUACCUAUAUUACUGAAGAACGAGCAGACUUAUCUCUCUCAACUCUACUUACAGCUCAGGCAUCACUCAAAAACAAACCAAUCCACAAAAUCAUCAAAAAGCAGGCGCCACCAUGCAACAAUGAUUUCUGCCGACUUGGCUGUGUCUGUUCUAGCCUAGCUCUUGAGAAACGCCAGCCUACACACUGCCGAAAGCCAGAUUGCAUGUUUGGCUGCACGUGUUUAAAGAGAAGAGUGGUCCUAGUGAAAGGAGGUUCCAAGAACAAGAAGAUCCUGGAGAAGUCUCUGCCUGGAAAGCGUUGGUUGUAUCAUGGGAAAGAACAAGAGCAAUGGGAGGAGGAGACAGAAAAAGGAGAGGUGCAAGAGAAACUGAAAGAUAAGAAAAGAAAAAAGAAGAUGGAAUAUACAAUCUGUGACACAGAGCCAGAAAAACCUGUGAAGAACUUUCCAUUGUGGGUAAAAGUAGAUGGAGAGGUGGAUCCAGAACCAGUUUACAUUCCAACACCAUCAACUAUCGAAUCCGCAAAACUGGCAGUACCUCCUACCAUAGAUGUUUUAUCUGACAAGCCUGUGCUCAGCGGAGAUAAGCCUGCACCUAGCAUUGUCAAGCCAAGAAUAUAUACACCCAGACCUAAUCCAGUGAUUCGAGAGGAGGAUAAGGACCCUGUGUACUUAUAUUUUGAAAGUAUGAUGACCUGUGCCCGUGUUCGAAUAUAUGAACGCAAGAUGCAGGAGAAAAAACAACAGAAGUGUCUUCAGAAUUCUGAAAAACACAUCGAAAAGGAGCAUUCUGAGCUUCAGCCCCUUAAAAUGGAAGAUGGUAAAGAGCCUGGAGGUAAGAUUAAAAUCUUGAAUUCUCAAAGUAGUGUUUUAUUGAAAAGUUGGUGGUUUUCCUGUAGUACAGGAGAUCCAUCCACUUCCUAUGUACAUCACACCACACCAAAUGGGACAACCAAACUAAUCGAGAUUGUUUCUGAUUGCAACUGGGAGGAGGAUCGCAAUGAGAUCUUGAAUAUCCUAUCACAGCACAUCAAGAACAAGAUGCCAAAGUCCCUCAAAGUGGGAAACUUUGCUAUUGAUCUAGUAUCUGAAAGCAAAACCUGGGAUGAGAAGAACACUCCCAUCUAUUCUUCCCGAGUGAAAAUCUCCGUGCCUUCUUGCCAAAACAAGGAUGAAAAGGUUCACAUACCUGUUUUGGAGCCACCUAAUAAUAGAUUGUCACCAAGCAAAAGGACAGAAAAAAUAACAUUCUUAAUCCCUGGCUCCUUGGGCAAAUUAGAAGAACAAAGGAAGAAGGGCCUGCCUUUUUAUGCUGGACUUUUUCCUGCAGGAAAACUGGCUGCCUAUACAUGCAAAUCUAAUUUGAAUCCUUCAUGCCUGAUUCAGGUUAAUGGUAAAAAUUAUCCUCAGGCCAAGCUGCUUUUGGGACAGAUGGGAGCAUUACAUCCAGCCAAUCGACUUGCUGCUUAUAUCACAGGCAGGUUGCAACCCACAGGUCUUGACCUCUCAACUCUCAGUACUGUGGUCUCCAAGGUUGCUGGUUCUGAGCCGCAGUCAAAUACUGCCAAAACACAAGUUUUCACCAGGACAUCCUCUGGAGCACGCCGAUAUGUUCGUGCACCAGCACGGAGACACAUAGCUGCCCGGCCGUCAGUGGAUAGUUUGCCCUCUCAGUUGGUAAUGAAUGCUGUUGGAGCUCUGCAGCAGAAGAUCCUUGCAGUUAAAACACCCCAACCUCUAACAGGACCACAGAAAUUUAAUAUUAAGUUUGCACCACUAUCUCCCAGGACAAGUUCCAUUCCUGCUGCUGCUACUAGUAUUACUGUGACGCCAUUUCCUGUAACCAUUUCUAGUCAUUCAGAAUAUAAGGAAGCUACCUGCUCUUCUGGUACUGCUUUAGUGAAUACUAGUGAAAAAUCUGAAAAUAGUUCCCAUACCACAGUCUCACCCACAACUACUAUGGCUACUGUUACAAUAACAAAAUCUACUGGAAUAGCUACACCAAUUGCAACCAUUGCUUUUGCGAAGUCUGUAGUAGCCACAUCAACUGUUCCAGUUUCUGCAGCACCUCUGUCCACUGUCUUAACUGCAUCACCUGCCACAGUGACUACACCAGUUUCAACAGUUGACUGUGUUCGUACUGUACCAUCAGGAAUUCAGACAAGUCCUUUAUCAAACCAAAAACAAGGUGCUGCACCUUUAUCUCCAGUUACAAGUCCCCCAAGAUUAUCUCCUGGAGCAGAGAAGCGUAUGGGACCACGACUGCUUUUAAUUCCUGUACAUCAAGGGUCUCCUGCAUUGCGACCUCCACAAAAUACACAACUUGCUCAAGGGAAAAGAAUGAUUUUGCAGCCUUUAAGGAAUCCUGGAGGUGUGAAUCUCUACCGACAUCCCAAUGGGCAGAUUAUCCAGCUUGUUCCUUUGCAUCAGCUCCAACCUGCGGGACCCCAACCCAACAUGCCACCUGUUACGUUCCGUAAUCCAGGAUCAGUUGUAGGAAUCCAGUUGCCUGGACCUUCUAAAUUUCCAGAUGCAUCUGUUUGCCAGUCCACUUCAGUUUCAUCUGUGACUGUGACCACCGUGACUACUUCAGUUUUGUCCAUGAAUCCUUCUUCUUCCCUGGCACCUCUGACCACAGAGACCACCUCAGCGUUGUCUGUCACCCCAACCACCAUAGCCACUCCAGUGUUGCCUGCACCACCUUCCUCUUUGUCUGCAUCCCCUACCACUGAGGCCACUUCAGUUUUGUCUGUGCUCCCUGUUACUGAGGCUUCUUUAGUGUCACCUGAAUCCUCUAGUACUGAGGCCACUUCCAUGUUGUUAGCACCCCCUACCAUUGUAGAUCCCUUGAUGUCGCCUACACCCCGUUCUACUGAGGCCACUUCUGCUUUGCUCCAAUCUUCUCCUGUAAGCCAGACAUUGCAGACUCUUAAAUCUGUGCCUGCACCUCCUGUUUCAGCUACUCAAGGAGCACCAGUAUUCGUUCCUCUGUCACAAGCUGGCACUCUGACUCUGAGAAUUUCUCCCUCAGGUCUAAAAAGCACUGCAUCUGAGACAGGUGCAGAUUUGAAGAUUGUUGGACAACCAAGUAGUACACCUAAUGUAAUUCCUCUUCAGACUGGCAGUUUUGCAUUGCUUCAGUUUCCAGGGCAAAAAAGUACCUCAGAUUCCAUUGUAAAAGAAGAUGAGUCUCUUGAGGUAAAAAAUACCAGUGACAAAGACAAGUUCCAUGCUGUUCAUAUAGAAGAAAAGACAUCAUAUACACAAGAAGUUGAGGCUAUUGAGUCAGAUACCACAGUGUCGAAUAUCAAGAUAGAAGAAAAUACAUUCCAAGCAAAAGGAACAGAUUCCCACUCUGAAGGGAUCAUAUGUGACAGAAAUGCUGUUACUCCGGAGAUGAUUGAAAAGGAUGCAGACAUGGUAGAAAAAAUAUCAGAUGGGGCUUCUGGCUCCCAGCCUGAUGCUGUACCAUCAGACCCCUCUUACCUUGGCGAGAAAAUAAAAUGUGAUGAAAUCAAGUUGAAGGUUAAGAAGAAAAAGAAUGUCAAACGUUCUGAAGAUACUCUUGAUGAAGUACCAUAUAGUUCAGAAAAUGUUUCUGAGGAAUGCAGUCAAACUACAUUUCUUGCACACAAUUCAUUACAAAAGCCAAUGGAUGCUACACGUUUAGAAAGCUCAAAUGAGGAGCAAACACAGUCUGUCAAAACACAAAGUUUUGCUACUAAUUCAAGAGGAGCUAAGCAGACACAUUUGGAAAUGGAAGAGAUGUUUGUUAAUGUACAGUCCCAGAAACAAUGGGAGAAGUAUAAAGUACACGUGGAUUCAAGAGAGAAGCUGCAGAAAAAGACUAAAUCACCUCUGAGUCAAUGUGAGAACAAAGAUCUGAAAGUGCUAUUGAGAAACAGGAAGCCAAAUGGUGACUCUGUUACUGAUGUAGAGAGAGGCAGGGAAGAAGAGAAAGGGAAACCCAAAGUCAGCAGUGCCAAAACACAAAAUAAUACAUCGAGGAAAAAAUAUGUGGAUAGCGCUCAAGAGUCUUUAGCUAAAAAAGAUGCAGAUUUUCAGGUGAACUAUAACACAUCUGCUCAUGAAACAAUCACUGCUGGUUUUCAGGAAGAUGAUCAGACUGUUAAGGACAGCCUUUCUCAAAUCAGCAGGCCUUGCAGCAAAACAUCUACACGGCCAGUUCCUUUGGAAAAUCAAAAUAUGGGUACUGAUGAGCACAUUGAGAAAUUUGUUAGAUGCACAAAACAGAAUACUGUGAAAACAAACCACUGCAGAAAGGAUUAUGUCGAUAUUAUUGAUAUUACCGUGGAUGACAUGGAGAAAGAUGAAAAGACUGAUGAUUCUGCAGAUGAGACAGUUGAUGAAAUAUCUGAUUAUCGAAGUGAAGAUGUAGUGAACAUUGAAACACUGAAUGAAAGUGAAUCCAGUGAAGGUGAGGAGAAUGUGGACAUUGAGACUGUGGAAGAACUUUCAGAGAAAAUUAAUAUUGCUCGCUUAAAAGCUUCUGCUGCACAUGCCCUAUUGUCCAAGCAACUGCAUAUUGUCCAUGACCAUUCAAACAAGGCAAUGACAAAGACUCCUAAGCAACCAGAGCUCUCAAGCAAAAAGCUGAAAAAUGAAGAAGAAGCCUUUGCUAACUAUCGCCAAACACACACAGCAAAUGAGCGUCGGCGUCGAAAGGAAAUGAGGGGACUCUUUGAAAAACUGGAGACAACUUUGGGAUUGCACAUGGUCCCCAAAGUUUCCAAGUGCUUCAUCCUCAAACAAGCUUUUGAAGAGAUUCAGGGCCUUACAGAUCAGGCGGAUAAACUGACAGGGCAAAAGAACUUGUUGAUUCGGAAGCAGGAAACCCUGAUUCGUAAAGUGUCUUCACUCUCAGGCAAAGCACAGGAGGUGGUCUUGAAGAAACUAGAAUAUAUUUAUGCCAAACAGAAAGCUGUAGAAGCACAAAAGAAGCAGCAACAGGAAGCAGAACCUGCAAAGACUGCUAAACCUGCAGAGAUGGCUCAGUCUUCUGCAGAAUCCAAUCCCUCGUCUCUUUUUAGAGAGAUGAAACAAGACACUGUGUCCAGCAAGCGUACAAAACCAUUGAUACUUGCUAGGAAAAAAAGUAAUGCCCCAGGGGAGACAUCUCCUCCUGUGACGCUAACAAAUGCUAGCUUAGUAAUGACUGCACAAGGUCAGGUCCUUACAUUCAAGAGUCCCCUGAUGCCAGGACAGAUUGCUGCCUUGCCUUCCACACACUUGAAAGCUGAACUCAGAUCAGAAGUUGACAGUAGCAGUGGGACAAUGCAGCCAGGUAUUGCUUCUGUGAUGAUUCAGUUGCCAGGAUCAACAGUACCAGUGCAAGUGAAAGGCAUGCUCCCUAACUCUGCAGUUCCUAUUACUUUAUCUGCUGUGGCCAGUAGCCCUGCAUCUCCGGUUGUAGAAACAGAUCCAGAACUCACUCUAGAAAAUGAAGACUCAUUCUUGAUGCCGAGGAUAGUAAAUGUGACAUCACUAGCGACUGAAGAAGAUAAAAAAUUAAAUCUGGAUGUAAAUGAGAAUCCACAUAUAACCACAGAUACAACCGGUUCCCAGGCAUCUGAGCCUUCCUUGCCAGUAGCAUCUCAGGAAACAAUAAAUAUUCAGUGUGUAGAAAAGGCUGAAGCUUCUUGUGGAAACGAGGGAGAGACUACUGAAACAACAGAACCCCUCCUUAGGAAAAAAGAAAUUGUUUUCCCACAAAUAGUGAAUGUCUCCAGUUUAAAAGAAUCACCAGAAUCCUUUGCAACAAAACUUUGCACCAAACAGUUAGCUCAAAGCCAGGCAAAAGAAAAACAGACUGACAAGGGAGGAGGCAGACAGCAGUCAAAGGAUUCUUUAUUCCAAGAGCUGCAGGUUAAAGAAGCCAAAGCCCUUGGGAUAGAAGUGGAAUUACAAAAAGUAGCCUCUGCAAUACAGGAAGCAGCACCAGACUCCAGUGACUUAAUGGACUUGGAGGACAAUGAUGACCCAGAUGAAACACUCACUUCACUUCUGAAUGAAAUUGCAUUUCUUAACCAACAGCUGAAUGAUGAUGCUUCAGACCUAUCAGAACUCCCCAACUCUCUGAGUUCUUGCUUUUCUCCAGGAGAAAUGGAGAAUCAUAGGGAAUCAGCUACUGCAGAUGGAUCCCCCUUUCAGUUUGGCCCGUUGGGUGGGAGCUUCAAGGACUUCUCUGUAGUUCGGGAGAGUAGCAAUUCUAUAACUCCUCUCCUCCUUCACUUAGAUGAUGAUGAAUUACCUAAUGGUAACAGAAACUCAAGAGAGCUUUCAUCUGAAUCGGGUGCUUUGAAGAUCAUGUUAAACUCUGAAGCAAAACACCUAGAUCCUAGCCUCUCAGCAGUACGUACUGGUGAAAGUGGAAAGCAUAUGGAACCUUUGCCAGCAAAGACCACACAUGUGUCACCUCCAAUUCUACAGAUGAAAACCAACCUAGAAGCUGGCAAUACUGAUGCAUCAUGGAGACCCAUGCCCAAAUUGGCACCACUUGGGUUAAAAGCUGCAAACUUAUCAUUGGAGUCAGAAGGGCAGAAUACCAAGGUGAUGCCUGUAUUGGCACCUGUUGCUCCAAAAACUUCAUCUGUGGAGAUAAAAACUGCACAGCCAGUGACUAGUCCAAGUAAGGACAAUAAAACAAUGCCCAUACUAGCACCUGUGGUUACAAAAUCAAAUGAGUAAUGCAACUUUACAUUCAAAGAGUGUUCACAAUUUGUUUACUUCUCAGAAACUUUCAAAGAUAAUUUGGGCAUAUAAUAUGCUUCUGAUAUCUGGCUUCCUAAGUUAGAUCACUUAAAUGUGUAUGUAGUUUGUCAGGCUAGGUGUUUCAAACUUGGGAACCCAGAUAAUAAAUUAGGAGUACAAGCCCUGCCAAAUAAGUAAAAUAUGAAGCUGCCCAAUUUUCUGGGUAUUUUUUUAGAACUUUGUGAAAUAGGGUGAUGAUUUAAUGAAGAAUAUUAGAUAUUUUUAAUCCACAUUUUUCUAGUUAAACCAUGUAGAGCUGCCCCCCCUCCCAUCCCUAAACUGAACUAUUUUCUUGUCAAUUUCAGGGUUAUUCUUAAAAGGCAUGAAAGAAGACACAAGGUGUAGUUUUCAAGCAGUUACAGGGAAAGUCUUUUAAACACCUCUAAAAUGCUUAGGGUUUGUUUAAAAAAAACACUUCAGGGCUGUAUAUGGAUUGUAUACAAUUAUUUUAUCAUGAUGAAUUGAGAAGUCAUAUUAGGAGAAGCAAACAUUCAUAAGGAAACUGAACGCAGUUGAACCACACAU